AUGGCGGAGACAUCUCACUCCCGGCGCGUGUCCCAGUCCCACAUUCCUGUCUUUACACCACGCAAAUCCUCUAGCUCUCCUGGUCUGUCCAACCCGCACCUCGGACUCGUGCCCCCCUCCCGACACCUCUCUGUGAGCGGUAGUCCCACCCACCCGAGCCCCAGCUCAGCCUCGUCAAGCACGAGUGGCGGACUGACGCCUUUUCGAUCCUUCAAGAACCUCUUCUUUAAUAAACAUGCCCCUAACACUCCCAAGAGCCCUUUCGCCGGCUUCGGCUCUAUCAGGCGGUCGAUAAACGGCGAGCGCAGCGUGUCUGCCCCUCACCUGCGUCGGCAGUCCUCAGCAGAGGAGUCGCCUGUGCUCGAGAUUGUGUUGCCAUGUACCGAGCCACUGCUGAACGGGAUAGAACUGCAGAACAUUGGCCUGGGCGCAACACGGUCUGGGCCACCGUCGUCCUGGUCUUCAGGUAGUGUUUCCGUCCUUGCCGCAAGCGAUGAAGCUCCCUCAUACUCUCCACCUGCUGGUCUAACUGACCUGUCUACCAUCAUAGAGGCCGAGAACUCCGGCAUCUCUAAGCACAUUCCUGUGCUCGAUGAAUCGCAAGAGGAAGAGGUGCUUUGCAAAGUGUCUCGUGAACUUGACAUGUCUCUAUUACACGCCAAUGUUCAGAAGCCCUCUCGCGCCUCCUCCCAGGAGAGCUCAGUCCUAGAUCUAUCUACGUCAAGGGUCACCAAUGAGGUGCUCCAAGCCAUGUCCGAGACUGGUCGUACAGAGGGCUGGUUGCACGGCGUAGUAGUGGACGAUACUGGAGAUGACAUCCUCAGUGAUGCUCUACUGGCACACAACGCCGCAGGGGAUCCCGAUGUCAGCUUUAAUCUAAGCGCACUAGAUCCAGACCUCGCAGCACUCCUCAGUCCUAACCGAUUGGGAGGUAGCGAUCCGACAUUGUCCUCGUCAGCAGACAUCACGCAGCGUCCUCUGCGCCCGUCCCCUACACGCCCAAGCACCCGUACAUCACCCCUCCUCCCGUCACCAGAGCUGAAGCUGGAUUCCCCUCGCCGCUCUACGUUCACUCGAAGCGCGGCAUCUUCACGCAACACCUCUCCUGUGCGCCGGCAGGCCCCGUUGUUGAAGUAUGGAACACCUAAUCUCCCCUCCACGGCGCUCCCUCGACUGGCCCGCUCUGCGUCCGACCGCCCAACGCACUCAAAACUGGGACACAUACCGCCACCUCUUCCGUCUCCCAUUUUACGUGCAUACUCGCACAGUCCAGAACGGCCAACCACGACCGGGGCCAUGCGUACUCCGCCAACAGCAUACAGCCCUCUGUCGCAGGAUGAGAGUAGGCCGCAGAGCAGUAGCGGCACCGACUCUCGUAGAGCAGGCCUCCCUCGUUUCCUCACGCCAGCGCGAUCUGGCAAUCACCUUGCCCCUGGGAGCUCAUCGCGACCACCCUCCCGUCAGUACAACAGGACGCCUCCUCGAAGCUGGGACCCGCCUCUUCCAUCUCCAACCUUUCGACCCUCGUCCGCGGCGGGGACCCGCAUCGAGAGCACCGGCGACCGCCAGCAGCGCUCCGUGCGCACGCGAACACGGGAACGGAGCUCUAGUGUCUCGGAGGUAGGAGCGAUGCGCGAACAUGCUCGACACCUUGGUCCGCGCACCACUAAGGCGUUCGCCGCGGCAGGGCUGCUCGAUCUUGAUGCGGACAGACGUCCUCCUUCGCGCUUCGGCACAACUCGGAGUAGCAUUGACGACGCCCGCUCCAGAUUCGCGCCAUCGCGAUUGGCGCUCUCGGAAGCGGGGUCGAGUUCGUCGUGGAGCCGGCGGAGCGGGAGCAUCUCGCGCGCGGGCAGCCUGUCGCGUACGGUCAUCGCGUCCGACAUGGGCGGACCAAUGUCUGAUAGCGUAUCACCACGGACAACAUUCUCUGGCACAUCGACUGCUCCGACGUCUGUGUCGGCAGCGUCACCUGCGCGCCAAACUAUGCAGUCCGAGUUACAGCUCUUGCAAGAUCGGCACUCUGUGGAGACGGGCGCUCUUCUAAGCGCACUUGCGGACUCGCAGAGGACGGCUCGCGUGCUACGAGAUGAGAACACACAACUUCGUGAUCGUCUGCAGGAAGUGGAGGACCGCCUGGCUGCUGCUUUGGAGCAAAUUGGCCGAUUGCAAUAUUCAGUGCCUCCAUCGCGUAUAGCGGCCUUGUCAAGCAGUCAGUACGAUCUCUCGAGGGAUCGACAACUAGGCCUUGGGCAGUCACGACUAAACUCCUGCCUACGUCCUGACAUUGACGCUUCACCAGAGUUCUCAUCUCCCGAGCGGGCCAUCUCCUCACCUGAAACACCCGGGGACGCGGAGCUAUUUGCCGACAAACGUCGCAAGCGCAUGAGCACGACUUCCUCCUUGUUCCCUGGUCCACCUAGUAAUAUGUCGAUCCUCAUGCACGAGGAGGCCGAUGCAGGGGACCAUUCGAUUGCGUUCUCGAGUCGCGCGCCCUCUCCCUCAUCUCCAACACUUGUUCUCGCAAAGCUAGGCGGUGCUCAACACGAGCACAAACACAAGCAUUCCAUACCAUCCGCAGGGAAUAUAUCUCCCACCACUGCCAACUUCUCUAUUGUGACCGGCUCGCCAGGUAGUCUGCACUUACGCCCGGAGCACGAACUGCAUUUAGGAGACAUGCCCAGUCUGGACUUGAACGCGGACUUCAACGACGGUUACGACUAGAGGUUUCAGGUCUCCGUUCUUCGCUUUCGAACUUUGCACCUCUUCCAUUGGGCAAUUCGUUUUCUUCGCUUUCGUCGUGUGCAUUUGGGAACGUUCACCUAUAUCCUACUUUAUCCAUAUACCAUCAUGAUGCGUGUUCUUCACUGCAUAUCGGUUUUCAUCCUUCGGCAUUAAUUAUUUAGACCUUGCAUGCAAUCGUACCUCGCUAUCGUUGUUGACUGUAUACCAUCAUGCUCUCGUCGUCUGUAACUUACAUAGCGAUCCAGUAGCAGCGCAUUAUUCGACAAGCCUCACAUUAUGAGGUCAAAUCCUCCGCC